AUGGCUGAGCUGCCAGGGGAGCCCCCAGCCCGGACCCCUUCCAGUGACCUGCAACCCCGGCACCCUGUGCCCCCGCCUAUGGUCUGGAAGCUUCACCAGGUCCCCCAGCUACAGAGGAGUGCCAGCCUGGCCCCCGCCAUGGGUUGGCCUUUCCAGGAUGGUGGCCACCAACACUCAGGCCGGGUGGGCUGUGUGUUGGGCACCUGCCAGGUGCAGAACCUCAACCACCGCCUGUGGCAGCUUGUGGGACCAGCCAGCCAGAGCAUCUUGGCUCCCAUAGACCCCAGCAGCCCCCACAGCUAUGGCUAA